CUUUACCAUAAUCAGUUUAGCCUAGAUUGAGAGAGAAUAUUCUUAAGGCACACUGUAUAAAAUGUUUCGUUUAGUGUAUAGCAGGUUUGGUGUAGGGCUAAUUAGAGAAUGUUAAUAUGCCCUCUGACCUGUGCCAAUUAGAUGUGUUCCCAUGUAGCUUACUGUUUUCCACACCCAAACAUUUUAAAGAUAUACAAUUUGUACAUUUACAGACCAGUAUCCUUAAAUAGUUUUUGUAAAUCGGAAUGUCUUAAGAAUUCCGUAGAUAACCAUGUGUAAGCUUCUAUUCUGUUUGCGCAGUCACUGUAUAAUCACUGUGAAUGGAUACAUUUGAUCAUACAGAAAGAAAUGUGACGUAGUGAAUCCUGUCUCUUUAUGAAAAAUGGGCGGUGCUGUUGAGAGCUGCAACCUUUUUGACAGGCUGGCCCGACGCUCACUCAAAAUCCAUUCAUAAAUAAGACAUUUGAGGCAUAGUUACAUUCAAUAAAUAAUUUCAGGACACAUGUGUUAACGUUUUUAGCGAACAAUUGCAAGAAACUCCCAGCAAAAAAUAGUUUACAUCCUAGUCAGCGUAUUCGACUCGGCGACGUUGAGAGCAAAAUUGACUUCCGACUAGUGACCCCCCUUCUGCAGCUAUGGUUAUGACUUUAUCUGCGUUUCACCAGGAAGCUGCUUAGUUCAUUCUGUGUUCAGAACAUUUGUCUACAGAACCUCCUCCUGUUCGCUUUGUUACACCCACUAAACGGGAUUGUCGUUCAUGUGUAGCCAAGUCUAGUCUAAUUCCGUUUGAAAAAAGCGGAUACUUUGUGUUAAUGUCUGCCGCCGCCUCCAUCUUUCCGGUUUUACUGAAAGUAAGUGAAACCGAGGACUGAAAUACCAAUGGAACGGUGAGAGUUAUGAUGGCAGCUAAAGAAGAGCUUUACACCAAAGUCACCCCGCGGAGGCAGCGCCAGAAUCGAUCGGGCACUGUAAAACAUGGGUCAAGUCUGGACGUGCUGCUGUCCAUGGGAUUCCCCAAGACCAGGGCGCUAAAAGCUCUGGUGUCUACGGGAGGCAAAAAUGUGCAGGCAGCCUGUGAUUGGUUGUUCUCUCAUGUGGACGACCCAUUUCUGGACGACCCUCUCCCCAGGGAGUAUGUGUUGUACCUGCGCCCCAGCGGCCCCCUGCUCCACCAGCUCAGCACUUUCUGGCAGCAGUCACGGGUCACCUGCGGCAAGAACAAAGCCCACAACAUCUUCCCUCACAUCACCCUCUGCCAGUUCUUCAUGUGUGCGGACGGUAAGGUGGAGGCACUGAGUGAGGCCCUACAGGCUACAGUGGGGUCAUGGAGGGGUCGUUUCCCUAACCCUCUCCCCCUGGAGCUCUACACCUCCUCCAACUUCAUAGGCCUCUUUGUGGAGGAGCAGGUGGCAGAAGUGCUCAAGGACUUUGCCGCUGACUUUGCCACGGAGGCGGCUACUAAAGCAGAUGUGCACGUGGAGCCCCAUAAGAAGCAGCUCCAUGUGACCCUGGCCUACCACUUCCAGACCAAUCACCUGGCUGCCUUGGAGAAGCUGGCCAAGGGAGUGGACGUGUCGCUGGGCUGCGAUUGGCUGGCUGUGCUCUUCUCCCGGGACAUCCGAUUUGCCAACCACGAGACGCUGCGUGUGAUGUACCCAUACGUGCCCCAGAACGAGGACGAGCUAGAGCUGGCUCCUGGCGACUUUAUCUUCAUGACCCCCGUGGAGCAGAGUAGUGCCAGCGAGGGCUGGGUCUAUGGCACCUCUCUGGGCACUGGGCUACCUGGACUGCUGCCUGAGAACUAUGUGAGGCGGGCAGAUGAGUGUGACACCUGGGUCUUCCAUGGAUCUCACUCUUUCAGCAACCCAGCCUCCCCGUCCAACACUGGGGGUGCAGUGGGGGGCCUGUUAUUUGAUGGACAGCUGGACGGACGUUUUCUUGACGACCCUGGAGAUCCAUCCAGCCUCACUGUCCUCUGUCCACCUGUCCAGAUGCUGAGGCCCACCACUCAGUCAUGUCUUCCCAAGAGGAGUCUGUUUGUGUGUCGCCAUGGUGAGAGGAUGGAUGUAGUGUUUGGGAAACACUGGAUCACUCAGUGCUUUGAUGCUAAAGGCCGAUAUGUUCGCUCCAACCUCAACAUGCCGUCUAGUUUGCCAACGAGAAGUGGAGGCUUCCGAGACUACGACAAAGACUGUCCAAUCACAGUAUUCGGCUCAACUCAGGCCCGCCUUGUGGGUGAAGCCCUGUUGGAGAGCCAAGCGGUGAUAGAUUUUGUCUACUGUUCUCCCUCGCUGCGCUGUGUCCAGACUGCCCACAACAUCCUCAGAGGCCUGCAGCAGGAGGGGAAGACUAAGAUCCGUAUAGAGCCUGGUCUGUUUGAGUGGACCAAGUGGGUGUCUGGCACCUCUCUUCCUGCCUGGAUCCCUCCCACUGACAUGGCUGCUGCUAGCCUGAGUGUGGACACAACCUACAGACCUCAUAUUCCCAUCAGCAAGCUUGGCGUGUCAGAGUCCUAUGACGCCUACAUCAGCCGGAGCUUCCAGGUCACCAGGGAGAUUCUGACAGAGUGCAAAAACCUGGGAAACACUGUGCUGAUUGUGGCCCAUGCUUCCUCCCUGGAGGCAUGUACUCGCCAGAUGCAGGGCCUCAGCCCACAGAACGCCAAGGACUUUGUACAAGUGGUCAGGAAGAUUCCUUACCUAGGUUUCUGUGCGGCUGAGGAGAUGGGGGAGACAGGGGUGUGGCAGCUGGUGGACCCGCCCAUCCUUCCAUUAACCCACGGGCCCAAUCACAGCUUCAAUUGGAGGGAGACGCUACAGCAGGACUGAGUAAUUCCUGCCCCCACCUCCCAGCAGCCCAGAGAGACACUGCUGUGCUAAGACGGAUGCAGCCAACGCAAAGCUAACAUUUCCUCUGCUAUCUAACUAGCGCGGUAAACACACACACACACACACACCGCUAUCAAAACCAGACCAAAAAUGCCCCGCCUUCCAUCGCAUAUGCUGUGUAAACACACUCAUUGAAUGAGUCUAUAUACACUGAGGGUACAAAACAUUAGGAAUGAGUUGAACAGCCUCAAUUCGUUGGGGCGUGGACAUAUUGAAAGCGUUCCACAGGGAUGCUGGCCCAUGUUGAUUCCUAUGCUUCCCACAGUUGUCAAGUUGGCUGGAUGUUCUUUGGCUGGUGGACCAAUUGUUGAUACACACGGCAAACUAUUGAGCAUGAAAAACCCAGCAGCGUUGCAGUUCUUUACACACUCAAACCGGUGCGCCUGGCACUUGCUACCAUACCUCGUUCAAAGGCACUUCAAUAUUUUGUCUUGCCCAUUCACCCUCUGAAUGGCACACAUACAUAAUCCAUGUCUCAAGGCUUAAAAAUCCUUCUUUAACCGGUGUCCUCCCCUUCGUCUACACUGAUUGAAGUGGAUUUAACAGGUGUCAUCAAUAAAGGAUCAUAGCUUUCACCUGGAUUCACCUGGUCAGUUUGUCAUGGAAAGAGCAGGUGUUCCUAAUAUGUUGUACAAUCAGUGUAUAUUGCAGCAUUGAGAUAUAUAUAUAUAUAAAGAAUACCGUUCUAAAGUUUGGGGUCACUUAGAAAUGUCGGUGUUUUUUAAAGAAAAGCACAUUUUUUCCCCCCAUUUAAAAUAUCAUCAGAUUGAUCAGAAAUACAGUGUGCACUAUUGUAAAGUGGCUGUUCCACUGGAUGUCAUAAGGUGAAUAUGCACCAAUUUGUAAGUCGCUCUGGAUAAGAGCGUCUGCUAAAUGACUUAAAUGUUAAUGUUGUAAAUGACUAUUGUAGCUGGAAACGGCAGAUUUUUUUUAAUGGAAUAUCUACGUAGGCAUACAGAGGCCCAUUAUCAGCAACCAUCACUUCUGUGUUCCAAUGGCAUGUUGUGUUAGCUAAUCCAAGUUUAUCGUUUUAAAAGGCUAAUUGAUCAUUAGAAAACCCUUUUGCAAUUAUGUUAGCACAGCUGAACACUGUUGUUCUGAUUUAAAGAAGCAAUAAAAUUGGCCGCCUUUAGACUAGUUGAGUAUCUGGAGCAUUAGUAUUUGUGGGUUUGAUUACAGGCUCAAAAUGGCCUGGAACAAAACUUUCUUCUGAAACCCGUCAGUCUAUUCUUGUUCUGAGAAAUGAAGGCUAUUCCAUGUGAGAAAUUGACAAGAAACUGAAGAUCUCGUACAACGCUGUGUACUACUCCCUUCACAGAACCGCGCAAACUGGCUCGAACCAGAAUAGAAAGAGUAGUGGGAGGUCCCGGUGUACAACUGAGCAAGUAGACAAGUAUAUUAGUAGUCCUUCUGUAGCACAGUUGGUAGAGCAUGGCGCUUGUAACGCCAGGGUAGUGGGUUCGAUUCCCGGGACCACCCAUACGUAGAAUGUAUGCACACAUGACUGUAAGUCGCUUUGGAUAAAAGCGUCUGCUAAAUGGCAUAUAUUUAUUAAUAUAUAUAUUUUAUUGGUGUCUAGUUUGAGAAACAGACGCCUCAAAAGUCCUCAACUGGCAGCUUCAUUAAAUGGUACCUGCAAAACACCAGUCUCAACGUCAACAGUGAAGAGGCGACUCUGGGAUGCUGGCCUUCUAGCAGAGUUACCUCUGUCCAGUGUCUGUGUUCUUUUGCCCCGUCUUAAGCAUUUAUUUUGAUUGUCCAAUCUGAGAUAUGGCCUUUGCAACUCUGCCUGGAAGGCCAGCAUUCCGGAGUCGCCUCUUCACUGUUGACGUUGAGACAAUAGUAAUUUGACACAUUAACAAUGUCUACACUGUAUUUCUGAUCAAAUUUGAUGUUCUAGUAUAUUUUGAACGGUAGUGUAUAUUGUAGAAUAUAUUGAUAUGUAUUGAAGAUGUAUGCUUUAAUGCACUAUUUGUGAAUUGAGGAGGUGUGUGUAUUGGUCAGAGCACAAAGGACAGGAGCAGGGCAGCAAAAUCUCCAAGUUGCCCUUUCCCCUCCCUUCCCCAUGCCUCACUGAAUGGGGAGAGAGCUUCAUGAAAACGUGUCAUAUUUCUGAGCCGUUGUUGAUGGCUAACAAACUUAGGUUGGGUCGUGUCAUGAGAAGGGGAUGUUUCAGAGAGUGCUGCCUGGGGUCUUCUACCCAGCCGACGCUUUGGUGCCACCUUUUAAAAAAAUAAACAUGGCUGCUUUCUCAUACACUGUGACGAGAAGAGACCUGCACAAGAAACCCCUUGUCUGCUAGAAUCUUCCAUGGCUCUGAAAAUGUGACGUUCAAUGUACUCAGUCAUUUCACCCGCUGCAUAAACCCUCCUCAAAAAAGCACAAAUCUAGGCCUGAAUCUUGACAAUCAGAUGAGAGCUGUCACUUUUAGCUUUAGGGUCGAGUUGGCUAGUUCAACCCUCCAACCAUCCCUCAGCAACUCCAACCUAGUCGUAAACACUUUGUUUAAAGACGUUUGUUUGGAAAGGGUUAAACAUUCAAGCUUUUAACAUUUAUUUGUUUUUGUCUUUUACAUUUGUGCAGCGCACAUCCUGUUAAAUGACAAGAGUGUUCAUGUUUGUUAGCACAACUAAGAAAAUGACAUGCAGGUAUGUCCGACCAAUGAAGGCAGAGGGACGAUGUCAUGAGCAGUUUUACAUAUCAACCAGUGCCAUGUGUUUUGGGACAGCUGGCUACUGCACAUCGAGACACCUAGGAUGUAGCCAACCAACCAAACUACUCUUGCUGUCUGAAUUAUGGUUUUUCUUAUCAAGGUGAAACCGAAAUGGAGAUGGUUGACAGUCAUCACAGAUGUCUUGAGAAGAAGCAUUGGAUCCUAAUGAUCCUUCUCAGAACCUGUUAUAAGCAGUGUUGUGUUAAAAAGCACCAGCAUAUUUUCACUUUCUUUCCUUUUCCUUUAUAUAGUGACCUAUGAGUGGAGACCUGGUAAAUGUGCAAUGUAACCCACACAGCCCCCCCCCCCACUCCUCCGCCCCAAACGUCACCUUUGCUCAAAACCACAGACUAAACAGUACAUUGAAAACCAUCAACAUUGAGAUGCUUCCUCUGGAAGGACUUAUUAUUCAUCUAUUGCCAAUAUCAAUAUGUUUUGUCAUGACGAUCAGUCACGUCAAAAGUAUGUCUUCAUUUGAGGCCAACUGUGUUUCGGUCUCCCCGCAAAGCUAUACACAGUAAUAACCUGUUUCUCUCACAACCUGAUAAACGUCAUUAGUAACCCCAUCUACAGUAUAACAAAGCAUUGCGCUUGCAAGAACAGGGCUGCAAACACAAUAGGCUGGCAGAAGUGGGAAAGCGUGAUCUUAGAAAUUAAAACAAUGCUUCUGUCACGCCCCCCCCCCCCCUCUCUCGCUUCUGUCUCUGCCUCUCUCUCACUUUUUCUCUCUUUCUCCCCUCUUUACUGUGCUCUAUGCCAUGUCUUUGCACAGAGCACAGAAAGCUCUUCUCAGGACUCUCCCAUUGUCUGUGUUUAGCCAGUGAUAUGUUUGCUAGGUUAGAAAGUUAUUUGAAUAUGUUGAAAGAUUGGAUAUUUAAGUUGUUUAUUUUAAAUGUCUGUGAUUGCCUAUAUGAACCGGGGCAUCACUAUUAUUGAAAAAAGGAUCUAAUGAUAUGGUUGUCAAAUGUAUGUACAAUAUAUACAACAGCCUUCAAAUGAUAAUGUAUGAAACCAUUCAUUUAUAUUGUUGUAAAGGAGCGAAUGCUUUAAUGAAUGAGUGAAGAAAACGUACUAUUGGUUAAAGAAGUUACAGAUCAAUUUUUUUCUGCGCUGAGUUAAUUCCCUUUACUUGGUUUUGCAACUUCACUUUACCCUCGCACUGUUUCGUCCAUCCUACUUGAGUUGGCAGUACUCCAUCUAUUGAAGUCGUCAGUACUCGACACAGUCUAGUCUUCCCACAUUACCGUUAACUUGUUUUGUAGUUAUUUUAAUGGUAAGAAAACCUCCUCUGCGCCGAGCCAGACUGCUCUCACUAUUUCCACAAGUGCUCUCCGUGCAAAAAGGGGAAAUAAAACAAGCUCACAAACUAUACAUGAAAAAAAAAAAAAGAAAUCCUGUUAAAAUGUUGUAUUUAUUGUUUUAAGAUGUGUGCAUUACGCAGUGUUCCGGAAGGUUGUGUAUUAUAUUUUGUUGCAAAUGACUGCCUCUGUAAUGAUAAAGGAUUGUGAAAAUUAUAGUGAUCAUGAACUGCUUAAGAAAUAUACAAAUGAUUUGCAAAUAAAUGUUUUAUCUGCA